AUCCAUAUUCCUUCGUACGUAAUUACAGGCAGACAGGAUCAAUGGGUUUCUCCUCACCGCCAGUGGUUUACCUCAAACGUACGACUCGUCAUCCUCCAUGGUCACGACUUUCAUAUAACCACGUACAAGAGGUAUCACGAAAUGACACCCCAGCCUAUUCCAGUAUGGGAAUCCACAUGCAAGCCACCUUCUGACAUCAGAAUUGAGCGCGGCGUCUGCAGUCAUUUAUUAAAUGCCACUUGGCACGUCACUCGCAAGCCUGCCUCUUUGCCCUAUCGCCUCAGUCUACUCUCCGUCCUAUGACAAUCUUCUUCAAUCUAUUAUAUUCGCCAUCUAAAAUGGAAUAUAGCCAAGCCACGUCUUAUCUUGACUCGACUCUUAGGUCGACGUCGGCGAAUAUUCUCAUAUUGUGUGUCCUCGUCGUCGGAACUAAACUAGUAUACAAUGUUUAUUUCCACCCAUUGGCAUCUUAUCCUGGACCGCUCUAUCUCAUUGUGUCGGAUAUCCCAUUGGCGAUCUUCUCGCUUCUCGGUAUCAGCCAAUACCCGCUCAAAGCCGCACAUGACGAAUACGGCGACAUUGUCCGUAUUGCUCCCGGAACUCUCUCGUAUAUCAAACCACAGGCUUGGUCCCAGAUUUAUGGAUAUAAGAAAAACGGCGGAGGCCGCGCAAACUUCCCUAAAGACCCACGCUUCUACAACGAGAUGAUGCUUGGUAAGGAUACGAUCACACUCGUAAGCGACGAUGAUGCAAUUCCAAUCCGUCGUUCCCUAAACAGCGCCUUCUCACAUCGUUCGCUCCUAGAACAGGAGCCCAUGAUACAAGAGCACAUCGCCGGCUUGAUGGCACAAUUUGAGAAGCACAGUGCUAAUAAACACCCAAUCGAUGUGCGCGAAUGGUUCACGUUUUCCAUGUUCGAUAUCAAUAGCGACUUUGGUUUCGGUGAAGAUAUGGGCUGUGUCAGAACCGGAGUCUACCAUGAAUGGGUAAAAUUUGUCAUCGACUAUUUUUACGCCGCGACCCUCUUGCAUCAAUGUCACAAGUUUUGGCCCCUAAACCGUUUGCUUGCUCUUUGCAUCCCACCUUCAACCCGUGAAAUGCAGGCAAAUCAUCAUGAAGCAUCAUUACAGCGCGUCCAGAAACGCAUGGCCAUGGACACCGACCGUCAUGAUUUUAUGUACUACUUUUUACAACAGGCAAAGAAGGAAAAUCUUUCAACGGAAACAAUCGAGGCCCAGGCUACAGUCCUCAUCCUAGCUGGCAGCGAGACCUCGUCGGUGGCGCAGACUGCUGCAGUGUACCAUAUCUUGAUGCACCCUGAAAUCCACGAGAAACUGCGGGACGAUAUCCGAAACACCUUUGCCACUGUCGAGGAUAUCAAGUUGCAGGAUGUCCUAAAUAAGCUGCCAUAUUUGGAUGCCGUGGUACAAGAGACGCUCCGCAUUCACGCCCCGCUUGCUAAUGGCUUCACUCGUUGGGUGCCCGAUAGAGAUGGGGCUACGAUCUGCGGAAAACAUGUUCCACAAGGGACCGUAGUUACAAUUAACCACUAUUGCUCGAAUACCUCGGCCUCCAAUUUCCGCGAUCCUAUGAGUUUCAUUCCAGAUCGAUGGAUGGGUGAUGCCAAGUAUGCCACCGAUCGGAGAGACGUAGUCCAGCCAUUCUCUGUAGGACCUCGCAAUUGUCCUGGCCAACGAUUUGCACUCUACAAUAUUAAAUUAGCGCUUACACAUUUAUUGUGGCGUUUUGACCUGGAACUAGGUAAGGAUACAGAGAAUUGGGCGUUAGGUCAACGCAUCUAUAAUGGAUGGAUUCAGCCUGCCUUGCCAGUUUUGAUGAAGGAGCGAGUAUGAUUCGAAGUAGGCUGAAAGAAGGCGGAAUGAUACUUGAACAUUUUACUAUUUAGUAAUAUCAUAUCAUAUAUCAUAUAUUAUAUAUCAUAAAGAAUGAUCGAUGGCUUGGUUGCAUUCAUUAACAACACGGGUAGUGACGCUACGCACCUACUCUUAUUAGGCAGUUAGCCAGAUUCCUAUGACGCCACGACAUUACACCAAGGUCCUUUUGCAAUUAAGGCUUGCAUACAGAG